CUGUAGAUAAAAUGUUUGAAUUGAAAAGAGGAUGGGCGUUAAAAAGCAACCAGAAAUAUGGAAAAAGGGGAGCAGAAAGACGGAUAACAACAGUAGUGAAAUCUUACCUUGAGAGCUACUUUUUGGCAGGUAAUAUAAACAAAACAGAUCGAAUGACAGCAAAGGAUAUGGUAGAGCAACUUCAAAACCUUGCUAAUGAGGGUGAAAUUCAAGUUGAAGAUGUUUCUGAAAUAGCAAAGUCUAAAAAACAUUCAGCAGAGAUGACAAUAGCGGAAGGAAGCAGCACUAUAAGAAACUUCAACAACUUUCAAGAAAUGGCAGAAUCCAGUAACGAAAAGUUGCGUAGUUAUAAGAAAGUUUAUGAUGGUUCAAAUAAUUCAUCCUUGCAACAACAUAAACAUUCCACUACACAACCUUUCGCUGACCCUUUAAUAAAUGAAACAGCAAAUAAUAUAGAUUCUUUAACACUAAAUGAAGCAAGAUAUCCAACAUAUAUGGACCCUUUACAUGAAACAGCAAGAUAUCCAAUAACCUCGCAACCUUCUCUUAUUACUUACCAUGAAAUUCAAGAAAAUCGAUCACUUUCUGUAGCUGUGAAUCAAAGUCUUAUCCAACCAAAUUCUACAUUUGUUAAUUUUAAUACACCUAAAUUAACAAACAGAUGGACAUCAUCAGAAACCCGAAUGCUUAUUGAAGAAACAUCAAUUCAACAAAAAUGGGAUGCACUUCUUCAAAAAUUUUGUGACAUUAAGGAUAAAAUUGAAAGCACUGGUGAAGAAGCUAUUCAGAAUGACUGGGAAUUUUUUAAUGAUAUGGAUAACUUUUUAAGAAAAGAUCCAAAACAAACUGAUACUAUUGCUGCAAUUAUGAAAGAACAAUAUGCUCAUACUUCCGAAGUUCAGCAAAAGCAGCAUAAUAAACAAAUGGAAAUAUUUAAAAUGUUUUUAAUAAAAUUUUAA